CUGAAGUUUCUGACCGUUCCUGUUACUCUGAUGUCCCUCAUAUCGAUGGCGACGGCACUCAGCAUUCCCGCCCAGCUGCAGCUGGCCGACACGUGAGUCCAGCCGAUCUAUUAUAAUAUCAUGAUUGCAAGUUGGGAGGCUGACCAUCUACUCGUAUUAGCGCUGUCGAUAGAUAUAAGAUUCUCCGCAACGACAAGGACUUUGUCUUUGACUUUGACAAGGCUACUUUCCCUAUGGCCAACCGAAAGACCUUUCCCGCUCUCGUCGGGACGAACCUGGCCUUGGCCAUUGCAGAAAUCGAAGGUACGCACCAGACGACCGGCGGGGCGAAGAAAUGCCAGAUAAGAAGAGGUGAGGAAGCUAACCAAAGAAACUAUCUUGAAUUGUAUUAUGGAGAGAAAACAGGCUGCAGCAUGGCCUCGCUCCACAUCCACCCGCGCUCGGCCGAGAUCUUCGUCGUGCUCUCGGGCCGCGUCGUGACCGAGAUGAUCCCCGAGGCCGGCGUGCUCGGGGCCGACGGCCGGCCGCGCACCAUCCGCACCGAGCUGGCCGCCAACCAGACGACCAUCUUCCCCCAGGGCUCCUUCCACGCGCAGUACAACCCGGACUGCGCCCCCGCGCUCGCCGUCGCCGCCUUCAGCUCUGACGACCCCGGCGCCGCCCUGGUCGUGCCUCAGGCCUUUGAGCAGACCGACGACUUCGUCGUCAACUCGUUCGGCGGCGUCAUCUCUGCCGCGGACCUUGCCAGGUUCAGGGCCGCCAUCCCUCAGGGGGCCAUCUUCGACGUCGAGGCCUGCCGGAAGAAGUGUGGGCUGUAGGAGAUCAGGUAGUUCCGCUGGUCUCAGGAGACUGGUUCCAGCUUUGUUUUGCUGCUACCUACUUAUCGGCUGGUUGUCUGCACAU